CCGGUCUCCGGAGUGCGCAUGCGCAUCCGACGUUUAAACGUGCCGUCUUAAAGGGGAAGUGCCCGGCGACUGGGGCAUGGCCGGGACCGGCUCCGGCUCCGGGCGGUUCCUCUACGAGCUCCCGGCCUGGCUGGUCUGCGGCCUCUGCCGCCUGAUGGACGCGCUGGACCGGGCGGACUGGGAGCGCUUCGCCUCGCGGAUCGCGCGGGACCAGGUCGAGCUGCGUCUGUGCGAGGGGACGGACGGACGGACCCAGCGGCUGCUCUGGGCCUGGACGAACCGAAACGCCCGCGUCGGGGAGCUGCUGGCGCUGCUGGACCAGCUGGAGCUGUACCGGGCUCGCGACCUGCUGGCCAGCUGGCAGCCUCCCUCCGAGCCCCCUGUCCUGAGACCCCCGUUUCUUCCCUCAGCACCUCCAGCCCCCCACCCCCCCACCGGUGACAGCAGAGCUUGGACCGAUACCUGGGACCCCCCCAAACCACCCCCCCAGCCCCCGCCAGAGCCUCCCCCCUCCCUAGAGCCCUCCUUCCCGUCGCUGCCUCUGCCUGGCCCCCCACCCAGCAGCCUGCUCAGCACCAGGACCCAGGGUCUUGGCCCCCUGCCCGCAGCCCCCCAGGCCGAGCAGGGGGUGGAGUCCCAGGGCCCCGCCCCCCUGGGGCUGGGCCCCGCCCCCCAGCCCUUUGCCUGGCCCCUGGCGGAGCUGGUGCGGGCCACGGAUGGCUUCGCGGAGCAGCAUAAGGUCGGGGAAGGCGGGUUCGGCUGCGUGUACCGGGCCCGGCUGCGCAACACCGACUACGCGGUCAAGCGGCUCAAGGAGGACGCGGAGCUAGAUUGGAGCAGCAUCCGGAGCAGCUUCCUCACCGAGGUGGAGAAACUGUCUCGGUUCCGGCACCCCAACAUUGUAGAGUUCGGGGGGUUCUGCGCCGAGCAGGACCAUUUCUGCCUCGUCUACGUUUUCAUGCCCAACGGCUCCCUGGAGGAUCGGCUGAGUGGCCAGGGCGGGCGCCCCCCCCUGGCGUGGGCCCAGCGGCUGGAGGUGCUGGUGGGGACAGCGCGAGCCGUCCAGUUCCUGCACCGUGACACACCCAGCCUGAUCCACGGGGACAUCAAGAGCUCGAACAUCCUGCUGGACCAGGCCCUGCGCCCCCGGCUGGGCGACUUUGGGCUGGCGCGGGCCGGGCGGGGCCGGGCGGGGAGCGGGGGGCUCAGCACCAGCAUGGGGCGGACCCAGACGGUGCGGGGCACCCUGGCCUACCUGCCCCCUGAGUACGUGCAGAGCGGGGCCCUGUCCCCCGCUAUCGACACCUACAGCUAUGGCGUGGUGCUGCUGGAAACACUGACGGGGAGACGGGCCCUGGAGACCGACGGACGUGGACGGACAAAGUUCCUGAAGGAUCUGGUCAUGGAGGAGGCGGCUGAGGGGGGCGAGGGUCCUGGGCGAUCGCAGCUGGCGGUGACAGGCCUGGACCAGGACGCUUGGGCGACUCGGGUUGGCACCAGGAUCUUCCGGAACCACGUGGACUCGCGGGUCGGGCCGUGUCCGGAGGAGCUGGGCCCGGAGCUGGGCCGGCUGGCGACCCGCUGCCUCCACAAACGCAGCAAACGGCGCCCGCCCAUGGCCCAGGUGUAUGAGGACCUAGAGCGGCUACAGAAGUCCCUGCCCUGGGAUCCCCCCUCGAGUCCCCAGGGGGACUCGCUCCCCAGGGCCCCGGAGCUGCCCCCCAACCAGCCUGUGGAGAGUGACGAGAGCCUGUCAGAGGAGGGGGGCAGCUGGUUGGGAGUCGCCCCGUCCCUGCACCCCCAGAUUCACAUCAACCCGGCCCGGCAGCGCAUCAUGGAGCGGCUGGCGCUGUACCAGCAGGGGGCGCUGGACAGCCUGGGGGUGCUGGCCUCUGAGCUUCCAGCAGGCUCGGCCCCCCAUCUGCCUGAGGAGAGUGAUGAUUUUGAGCCCUGAGAAGGACAGACAGACGUGGAAGGAUGAAGUUCUCUUCGAUGCGGGGGCAAGCCCCACCCCGAAACGCACCUCCAGGCUGCUAGAACCCCCCCCUCGAUCCAGGGACCCAGGCGUCUGGGGAGGUGACUUUGAAUGGAGGGGGAGACACUCUCCUCCCCCAACCCCCCUGCAGUGGACAUGGGGCCCAGGCAGCCGGGAAGGUGCCUUUGAACUGCAGGGGGAGGUGGCACCUUGGUACUUAGUGGCUUGGGCCCACCAUGUGGCUCCCCCUUGCUCCAUGGGACUUGGGUGUCUGGGGCACAGACACCCCCCGCCCCACAGCUGGCUUCCUGGGGGUGGGGGGUCGCAGAACCGUCAGUGGGAAAAAUAAAACAUUUUAUAUAUUUUUA